UCUUUAUCUAAUGUCUCUUUCUGACUUCAACCUGUACGAUAAGCUAGGCGAGGGCGCCUAUAGUAACGUCUACAUGGUCGAGAGAAAAGUUGAUAACCAGAAAUAUGCAUUAAAAUAAAGUCCGACUGACCAACCUCUCUGAGAAAGAAAAGGAAAAUGCUCUUAACGAAGUCAGAAUUUUAGCCUCAAUUAAUAACAAAUAUGUCAUCUCUUAUAAACAAGGAUUCUUUGAUGAGGCCUCCCAGAGCUUAUGCAUUAUUAUGGAGUAUGCUGACAAUGGAGACUUAUUCCAAUAAAAAUUAGAAAACACCAGAAGAGUAAGAAAUAUAUUAGUGAGGAAGAAAUCUGGAGGACUUUUAUACAAAUUAUACGAGGCCUCAAGGCCCUCCAUGAUUUGAAAAUCAUGCAUCGUGAUUUGAAAAGUGCUAAUGUCUUCCUGUAUAAGGACGGUACUGCUAAAUUAGGUGAUCUCAAUGUUUCCAAAGUAGUUAAGCAAGGUCUUGGAUAUACUCAAACUGGUACUCCGUAUUAUGCAUCUCCUGAAGUUUGGCAAGAUAAGCCUUAUGACUUUAAAAGUGAUAUCUGGUCUCUUGGUUGUGUUCUGUAUGAAUCUAUCAGCCUAAAGCCCCCAUUUAGAGCAGAUGAUAUGGAAGGACUGUAUAAAUAAGGUUUUGAGAGGACUUUAUCCUAAAAUUCCUAAAUAUUUUUCAGGAGAUCUAUCUUUGAUAAUUAAAGCGAUGCUGAAGGUUUCUCCAAAUAAGAGGCCUAGCUGUAAGCAGAUACUAAACACAAGUAUUAUAUCCUCACGUCUGGACACUUUAUUCCCUAAUGAGAUAAAGGACAAUGAAGAUGUACUUCUUCAAACAAUUUACAUCCCUAAAAAGCUGACUUAUUUGACCGAAAGAUUGCCAAAAUCAACUUAUGAGGAUGAUGGAGGAACUGAUGAUGAGUCGCUGAACACUAAGUAUUUUAACAUGAAGGAGGACACUAAAGACUCGCUUCCCACCAUUGAGAAAAGUUCCUUGAAAAAGGGCAAUACCAUUAAGGUCAAGCGUAGAAAAGAUAGCAUGUCAAAAUCUAGUAGUUAUAGUGAUUACUCUUACAAUCAUGCUUACGAAAAAGGAAAAGCUGACAACAGCUACUCUAUUGAUACGAAUCUUCAUGAGAAAGGCUUGUUGUCUCCUCCUGAAGAAUACGAUAAUAUCUAUAGCUCGAAAGCUGACUAUUCCUCAGGGAAGGUCAACAAGCUAUCUUCCAGACGUGAGAAAGGGAUGAUCAAUAACAGUAGUGACUCGAAGAUCAAAAUUCAGAGGAUAAAAAACCUUGUAAAGCCGGAUAUGAAUCCAAAUUUAAAGAUUGAAAAGGAAGACAAGAUCCCCAAUAGGGUCCCGAACGAGUCAGAAGAGCUGAGCCGCAAUAACUCUCUCGUAGUCGUGACCUCAAUGGACAAGAAAAAGAACAUGUCUAAGUCUAGACCAAAGCAGAGGCAUUCCAAACUGAUUGAUAAUAAUGAGCGGUUCAACUCGGUAAUGCAGAUACUUGCAGCUUCUGAAGAGAUUGAUAAAACUAGCCAGAGAAAUAGCAAAAGGAAGAAUGUUGUUUCAGACUUGAAGAAAUACAGCAUCCCAGGGAGAAGCAAGAUUAGCAUCUCUCUAGCUUCAGAGAAGCAUAGAGUUGGAGGAAGGAAAAAUAAUAAUCUCAGCAUACACAAGUACUCUGGAAAAAGAAUCAAGAAGCAGAAGUCUAGGAUAGGAAUGGCUUACAUUAGUAAGCCAAGAAUGGAGAAAUACCCCAGUAUCGAUCGGUCAAAUUCACAUAUUAAUAGAGGCAAAAAGAGUGUAAGUAUCGUGUCCCUAUCGCCUAAUGAAAGCCUAAAUUAUGCAAAGGACAUCGAUCUCUACAAUCCCUAUAAUAAGCCAGCUAUGAAGCAGAAGAUACAUCUGCCAUACUUGAAGAACAGAAGGGCGAUGCCAAAAAUAAGACAUGAUGUCCGACAAGUGAAGCCAAGGAAUGAUCAGACUAUGAAGAACACCUCUGUUGACGUCCUGACUUCUAGUAACAAAAAUUAUAAUAGCAAAUCACUGAAGAAUAAUAAGUCCUUUGAUUUGCUGAGAGAAGUCAAGAAUCUAAAGAAGAGAAUCCCCAAGCCCAAAGUUGAGGAUUUUGACCCAAGCUAUAAGAUGAGCAAGAGGUAAACAUUUCUUCUCACACAAUUUUAAGAUUUCAA